AUGUGCGGGGUGCCCGUGGUGAGCGCCGAGGGUUACCUCCAGCGGCUCAUCCGCAAGGGCUUCAAGGUCGCGGUGUGCGAACAGGUCGAGGACCCGGCAGAGGCGCGCAAGCGCGGCGCAAAGGCGGUCGUGCGCCGCGAGGUGAUCCGGCUGUUGACGCCGGGGACGCUGAGCGAGGACGCGCUGCUGGAUGCGCGCGCGGCCAACUAUCUCGCAGCGCUCGCCCAGGCCGAGGGGGCGCUGGCGCUGGCGUGGGCCGAGAUGUCCACCGGCGAAUUCGCAGUGAUGGGUGUCUUGGAGUCCUCUCUGCCCGCAACGCUCGCGCGCUUCGAGCCCGGCGAACUCCUGCGCCGAGCGCUCUUCGAGGUAUUCGCUGAGUGGAAGGCGGUCCUCACCCCCCAGCCGCGCUCGCUCUUCGAUAGCGUGGCCGCGGGGCGCGCGCUCGCAGCCUUCUACGGCAUUGCCUCCCUCGACGGCCUCGGCAGUUUUAGCCGGGCGGAGCUCGCGGCGGCGGGCGCCGUGCUCGGCUAUCUCAGGCUUACCCAGAAGGGCCAACUACCCCGGCUCGCGCGGCUCCGCUCGACCGCGGCCGGGGCAGCGAUGGCGAUCGACGCCGCGACCCGGCGCAACCUGGAACUCACGGCGACGCUGGAAGGGGGCGCCGCCGGCAGCCUGCUUGCGGGCAUCGACCGUACCGUGAGCGGCGCCGGCGCCCGGCUGCUCAGGGCACGGCUCACAGCGCCGCUAACCGACCCGGACGCCAUCGCCGAGCGGCUCGAUUCGGUCGGUUUUCUCGUCGAGGCCGAGGGCGCGCGGCAUGGCCUCAGGGAGCGGCUGCGGCGUUGCCCGGAUAUGGAGCGUGCGCUCUCACGGCUCAGCCUCGGCCGCGGCGGGCCGCGCGACCUCGCCGCGGUGCGCGACGCGCUCGGUCAGAUUCCGGCGAUCCGCGAUGCCUUCGACGCCGCGCCGCCACCGGCGCUCGCGGCCUCUCUCAAGGCACUCGGGCAUCACCAGACCCUCGUCGACCGCCUGACGCGCGCCCUGGUGGAGAGCCCGCCGCCCGGCAUCCGGGACGGCGGCAUCAUCGCGCGCGGCUACGAUACGGCGCUCGACGAGGUGGUUGAGCUUCGCGACCACAGCCGGCGCCUGGUCGGCGGGCUGGAGGCCCGCUACCGCAGCGAGACUGGCGUGGGCGCGCUCAAGGUGCGCCAUAACAACGUGCUCGGCUACUACGUCGAGGUGCCACCACAGCGGGCCAAGGCGCUGCCCGAGGCCUUCAUUCACCGGCAGACCCUUGCCAGCGCCGUCCGCUACACGACCGUGGAGCUGGGCGAGCUCGAAGCGCGGAUCAACGGCGCGGCCGAGAAGGCGCUCGCGCUCGAGCAGGCACACUUCGACGAUCUCCGCGCCGAUGUCGUCCGCCGGGCGGACGAUAUCGCGCGUGCCGCCGGCGCGCUCGCGGUGCUCGACGUGGCCCAGGGGCUGGCGCUGCUCGCGGUCGAGCGCCGCUACGUGCGGCCGGUCGUCGACCGCACGCUCGCAUUCGAGAUCAGGGGCGGCCGGCACCCGGUGGUCGAGGCGAUGGGUGCGGGCGGAGACACGCCCUUCGUCCCCAACGACUGCGAGCUCGGCGAUGCGGGCAGGAUCUGGCUGGUCACCGGCCCCAACAUGGCCGGCAAGAGCACCUUCCUGCGCCAGAAUGCGCUGAUCGCGGUGCUGGCCCAGAUGGGCUCGUUCGUGCCCGCCGACGAAGCCCGCAUCGGCGUGGUGGAUCGUCUCUUCUCCCGUGUGGGCGCGGCGGACGAUCUGGCGCGAGGCCGCUCGACCUUUAUGGUGGAGAUGGUGGAGACCGCCGCCAUCCUCAAUCAGGCCGGCGAGCGCGCCCUGGUGAUCUCGAUGAGAUCGGGCGGGGCACCGCCACCUAUGACGGGCUCUCGAUCGCCUGGGCCGCAAUCGAGCACCUGCACGAUAGCAACCGCUGCCGGUCGCUCUUCGCGACCCAUUAUCACGAGCUCACGGCGCUUGCCCAAAAGCUCGACCGGCUCGCCUGCCACACCAUGCGGAUCAAGGAAUGGCAGGGCAAGGUCGUGUUCCUGCACGAGGUGGCGCACCGGGCGCGGCCGAUCGUUCCUACGGCAUCCACGUGGCGCGCCUCGCAGGCUUGCCCGAAGCGGUGCUUGCCCGCGCCGAGGAGGUGCUGGCGCUGCUCGAACAGGGCGACAAAGCCAAUGCUGCCGCCCGGCUCGCCAACGACCUGCCGCUCUUCCAGGCCCGCCCGCAGGCGGCGCCCAGCCCAGGCGGAACCGGCGCCCGAUCCGCUGCGGGCUCGCCUCGCCGAGAUCAACCCCGACGACCUCACCCCGCGGGAUGCGCUGGAGCUCGUCUACGCGCUCCGCGCCGGGGUCAGGGACGAUGAGACCCCGGACUGACCCGCAGCCCUGCGCCGGUAUAAGAUCGGGGCCUUUCGGAUCGACAGCGGGGUCGCGCGAGGCGAUGAAACCUGCGCCAUUCGCCUAUGAAUGCCCGAGCGAUGUGGCCGAGGCCGUGGCAUUGCUCGCGGCGCAUGGCGGGGAUGCGCGGCCGCUCGCCGGCGGGCAAAGCCUGGUGCCGUUGCUCAACUUCCGCCUGGCGCGGCCCGCGGUUCUGGUCGAUCUCAACCGCAUCGAGGCGCUCGCCCGGAUCACGGUCGAAGACGGUGCGCUCCGGCUCGGCGCCAUGGCCCGCCAGGCUUCGGUCGAGACCGAUGCCCGCGUGGCGCGCGGUUGGCCGCUGCUGACCGAGGCCAUCGGCCACAUCGCUCACCCGCAAAUUCGCAACCGCGGUACCGUCGGCGGCAGCCUUGCCCACAACGAUCCGGCCGCCGAGCUGCCGGCGGUGAUGCUGGCGCUCGAUGCCGAGAUGAGCGCGCAGGGCCCGCAAGGUCAGCGGACCAUCGCGGCGCGUGACUUCUUCGCCGGCACGAUGGAGACGGCGCUCGGCGCGGACGAGCUUCUGACCGAGAUCGCUGUUCCGGCACUCCCCGAGGGCACCGGCUGGGGCUUUCAGGAGGCCGCGCGCCGCCAGGGGGAUUUCGCGCUCGUGGCGGUCGCGAUCCUGUCUAAGGCCAACUGGCUCCGGGCGGAUCGACGCCCGCGUCGUGGUCACCGGGACCGGAGACGGGCCCGUGCGCAUGCGUUCAGCGGAGGCUGUCCUGACUGA